AUGGCGAGCACGGCAUACGAUCCAGAAGCAUACCGCUCGCUCCCAAGUUUGCACCGGGCAAACCAGUUACUCCAAGAAAAUGGUGGCGAAAGUAUCAUCACCGGCCCCAUUCGGGAGCUCUUUCUUCGCCAUAAAGUUCAAAAGCAUCUUGGACUGGCCUUGCUACACAAGCAUUUUGACAUCCAGCCACAGGAGCGCCUCGUGGAUCUUCGCAGCGUGUCCACGCCUUGGCAAACCGGGAACGACACGGAUGCUGUCAUUUCAAAGUAUAACGGCCACGUCGUCCCACGGGCAACGAGAUCCUGGAAGGGGGGCUGGGGUCCCUACGAGUUUGAGUUUACGGAGAGUGGAUCAUCUGACGUCGCGGAAGGCAGUGCGCUUUUCCUACAGGAGCUGUCCACAUUCCUGCACCAGUCCAAUCUAGAUCAAAUCCUGGGAGUCAGGAUGCUGGAUUCGCGAGAUACUAACGCGUCGGUUGAGGUUACCGAGGGUCGCUCAAACAUCAUGCUCGCCAAGGGGUCUGUUGACGAAGAGAGUCUCAUCUCUGCAAUGUGGGUCUUUGGCAUGGAUGAGGAUGACCGAUGCAAUUGUAGGGAAUACUGUUAUAAAGACCGGGGAGGAGCACAUACUGGGAGCAACCAUGGGUGUGGCUGA